AUGUCGCAGACAAUUGGCAAGACUCGCCUCGCCUACAGCCGCGCGUGGCACCAUAUCGAUGUGGGCGGAGACCCGCGGCCGCUGGGCCGACUGGCGUCGUCGAUUGCGCUGGCGCUGAUGGGCAAGCACAAGCCCAUCUUCGACCCGUCAACCGAUUGCGGCGAUUACGUCGUCGCGACCAACUGCGAGCACCUGCACACGACGGGCAAGAAGAUGUUCAAGAAGAAGUACUACCGCCACACGACCCGCCCCGGUAGCUUGCAGGAGAUCACGAUGAAUCGUCUGAUGGAGAAGUGGGGUGGUGGGGAGAUUCUGCGUCGCGCGGUGAGCGGCAUGUUGCCUAAGAACAGGCUGCGGAAGGAGAGGUUGGCGCGGUUGAAGGUUUUCGAGGGCGCGGCGCAUCCCUACAAGGCGAACAUCUUGAAGGUUGCGGGUCAGAAGGCUCCUUCGAUACGGGAGUUGCCAGAGGUGAAGAAGACGUUUGCGGAAUCGAAAUAA